AUGUCUAAAGUUUUAAAUACAUAUUCAAAUAUAGAAAGUUCAACAGAAUUUUGCUAUUUGAAUAAUGGUAUGCGUCUUGUAUGUGAAUGUAGAGAGUCUUUUACCACUACCAUAGGAUGUUUUAUUCCAGCUGGUGCAAUGUAUGAAAUGCCAGAGGAACGUGGUAGUGUUCUAUUUUUAGAACAUUUACUUUUCAGAAAAACGAAAAGCAAUAAUCAACAACAAUUAGAAACCAUGUUAGAAGAAAUUGGUGGAAAAAUUGUAACUAUUGCUAUGCGGGACAUAUUUCUUUUUUAUGGAACAGUUCUAUCAUGUAAAAUAGACAAACUCAUUCAAUUAUUUGCUGAUGUUAUUUUGAAUGGAAUAAUAUAUGAUAAAGAUAUUACAGAAGAAAAAUGUGUAAUUUUGCAAGAGCUUUUACAAAUGGAGUCAAAUAAAGAAAAAGUUGUUAUGGAUUACUUACCCAGUAUUGCAUAUCAGGAUACUGCUCUUGGCAACAGUGUAUAUCCUAAUACUAAUAUAAUAAAGAAUUUCUCUACAAAAAAUUUGAUUGAGUUUCAUAAUCGUUUAUUUCAAACAUGUUACAUGACAAUCGUCUCCACUGGAUCCAUUUGUUUAAAAGAAUUACAAAGGAUUGUUUGUCAACAUUUUAGGUGUAAUGUUGAGGAUUAUAAAUCGUCAUUUGCAAUUUUUAACAAAAUGCAAUCUUGUAAAAGAUCAUUUGAAUAUCGAUUUUCAGCUGCUGAAUUACGAUUAAGAGAUGAUGAUAAUGACUUGGGAUAUGUAGCAAUAGGAAUCGAAGGGUCAAGUUAUAAACAACGUGAAGAUCAUAUUGCACUUUCUGUAGCUAAACAAGUCAUAGGUGCUUGGGAUAAGACAUAUAGUGGAGGACAACAUAAUGCACCAUUUAUUGCUCAUUUUGCAUUCAAUACAAAUUUAUGUUACAUGUAUAAAUCCUUCUUUUGUAAUUGGGCACAGUCUACUAGUAUUUGGGGCUGUUAUUUCGUUUGUGACAAAUUAUGUCUUAUGAGUAUGAUUCAUAUGCUACAAAAGGAAUGGAUGAAAUUAUGUACAACAAUAACAGAGAAAGAAGUAUUACGAGCUGUUAAUCAAUGCAUUACAAAUGAUUUAAUAAUUUUGAAUAAUCCCACAAAUCGGUUUUUUGAUAUUGUUGAAAAUGUUUUUAGAUCUGGAUGUUAUGAACCAAUUGAACACAGAAUUGUAGAAUACAAGAAAAUAACUGCAGAUAAAAUAAGGGAAGUCUCUACCAAAUAUAUCUAUGAUCAAAGCCCAGUUGUUAUAGCUCUUGGUCGGAUUGAAAAUAUGCCAGAUUAUUCUCUAAUAAGAAAUGGGUUAUAUUUACUAAGAUACUAA